AUGCCUCAUCCACCAAGCUCCGACCGAGGCGCGGGCGUCGGCUUCCACUGGGGCUUGUUCAUUCCGACCCCCACUCCGUUGGGAGAUGUUUGGCAUGCGACCAACGAAAGCGGCGGCUGGAACGUCAAGCCCAACUCAUCGAACAAAGUCCCCUUCUCCAUGAGCCUCAUCUUGGCUUACAAGAUCAGUUCCAUCAGCCCUAGCACCUUUGGAGCCUGCAAAGGUAUCCUGGACGUGGUCCCCUACGACUACUCCCACUCCCCCAACACCGGCGAGCCAUUUUCCUGCCGAGUCUGGGUCAAGGAUGCUAUCAUUGCGCUCCAAAAAAAGGGAAUAAUCGUGCUUCCGCAGGAAAUUUCCUUGAUCGAAGUGGAGUUGGUCAAGCGGGCUAGUCUUCACAAGUUGAGUGUCGAACAGGGUCGCAAGAGCGCCCAGGUGGAGAACUCUGGAAUGAAUUGA